UCUACGUGACGUCAGAUGCUAGUGUUUUGUUUGGGAUUAAAACAUAAAUAUAAAUGCAAUAUCGGCCGAUAAUAAAUAUUUGUGCGGUGUGUUAGUGUAAAUUAAUUGUUUUACGUUGUUUCGUGUGAAUCCUGUGGUGAGGUACGAUGAUUAAAAUUUAAGUUAAUAAACGAAUCAGCUGAUUAAGUGCAACCAACAGUUUUGAGGUUAGUUUCGGACAAGGGUGUCCCCGUUAAAGGUGGCAGUACCAGCUCUGGAAUAAAGAUUAGCUGAAUCGACAAAAAAGAUCCAUAGAACUAAGCCUGCCUAAGAAAAGCAGUUCCAUAUAAUCUUCAAUAAUGGCGGCCUUUGUUGCGAAACAAAUGGUUGGAAACAAAUUAAACGCCGUUAAAGGAGCGGUAGGCGGUGACGGCGACGAUGGGGACGACAAGGAGAAGGAGGAGGAAGCCGAAAGGGAACGGCUGGAGGCCAUCCGCGAAGCCGAGGAGCGCAGGAAGGAAAAACACAGGAAAAUGGAAGAAGAAAGGGAGAAGAUGAGGCAGGAAAUCAGGGAUAAGUACAACAUAAAGAAGAAGGAGGAGGUAGUGGACCCGGUCCAAGAAGAACCCAACCCGCUGAUGCGGAAAAAGAAAACGCCUGAAGAACUGGCGAGGGAGGCUGAAGAGGCAGACGAGGACGAAUUCACAAAACUGAAGAACACGAUAGAGACACAAGUAAAUGAACUCAAGUCUCAAAUAGAAAGUAAAUGUGUAAUGCAAUGA